UUCUAAUUGUGACGAAACGUCAAAAUCACACGGCGCUAAAAUGUCAAGAAAAUAAAUAUUUAUUUUUGCAGCGUAGUAUGUCUCGUAUGUUUUACCUGUAUUAUUUCUAACUUGUUUUAUACAAAAUGAACACCAAAGUAGCAAUAGUAACCGGAAGCAACAAAGGUAUAGGAUUCGAAAUCGUUAAAGGUUUAUGUUACAAAUAUGAUGGAGCUGUGUACCUUACAGCUAGGAAUGAAGAGAGAGGUCGACAAGCCAUCAAACAAUUGGAAAACUUAGGAUUAAAACCUUUGUUUCACAUCUUGGAUGUUACAAAUGAAACCAGUGUUCAAGAGUUUGCACAGUAUAUAUAUAAACAUCACUCAGGGAUAGACAUUUUGGUGAAUAAUGCUGGCGUUUUAGAUUUCGAUAAGCCUAUAACUUCCUAUGAAGAUUCAAAAAAACUUUUGGAUACAAAUUUUUACAGUUUGCUAACGAUAUCAAAAAUCAUCUAUCCACUUUUAAAAGAUGAUGCUCGCGUUAUUAAUAUAAGCAGUGAUUGGGGAUUGCUUUCAAACAUCAGAAAGCAAAACUGGCUAGACACAUUGAUUAAAGAAGAUCUGAGUUUGGAUGAGAUUUUACAGUUUAUUGAUGAUUUUCUGCAAGCAGCAAAGAACGGCAGAAACUCUUAUAUAUCAUUUGCUGGCCAUUAUGGAGACUAUAAAGUGUCAAAGGUGGCACUGUCCGCUUUAACUUUUGUCCAGCAACGUGAGUUCAAUGAACAGGGUAAAAAUGUAUCAAUCAAUUGUGUUCAUCCAGGGUUUAUUAAAACUGAUAUGACAAAUGGCAUGGGGGACUUUUCACCAGAGCGUGGGGCAUAUGCUCCACUUUUCUUAGCUUUAGAAGCACCUCAGAGUUUAAAAGGUACUUUUGUGUGGCAUGAUUGUCACCAAGUUAAUUGGGAUGAUUAAUAAUUUCUAAAUGCCAAGUUGUUGCUAAUAUCCUGUGAUAUAUUUUUGUGUAACACACACACUAAAAAUGUAAUUAAUAUACAGAUUAUAGCUAAA